AUGUUGGAUUUCACUGCAAUAAUCCUCCGUUCCCCAGUCCACGCUUUGGCAUAUGCCAUUGGAAUGAUAAUUGUGUGGCAAUUGUCGGCUGCAAUCUAUAAUCUCUUUCUACACCCACUGCGCAAAUUCCCCGGUCCGGUUCUCCAACGUGCUUCUAGUCUCCCGUGGGCAUAUCAGCAUUCUAUUGGUAUACAAGCUUUCCACACCCAGAAGCUUCAUGAUAGAUACGGACCCGUGGUGCGGAUCUCGCCAAAUCAUCUAUCUUUCACCGAUGCGCAGGCAUGGAAAGAUAUCUACGGGUCCCGCACCGGAGGUCAUGGUAGUGUGAAUGCAUCUGGCAUGCCCAAGGCUGAUAUUUUUGCUCGCACGGUGAAACAAGUUCCUGCGAACAUCCUCAAUGCUGAUCAUGAUGAACACCAAAAGUAUCGUCGGGCCUUGUCAAACGGAUUUUCCAGCAGCUCCAUGCGCGAGCAGGAAGAAAUCUUCGCUGAGUACACAAACUCCCUAGCUUCCAAACUCCAUGAGAGAUGUGAUAGCGGUAAAGCCACACUCAACAUUGAAGCCUGGUACAACUGGACGACUUUUGAUAUUGCUGGCGACCUCGUGUUUGGGCAACCCUUCGAAUGCCUUGCAAAUGCUGACUAUCACCCCUGGAUCGCGUUUAUCUUCCAAACUGCUCGUUUCAAUGCUGUCAUGGUGGCAAUGAAAUACGUUGGACUUGGGUGGAUAGUCGAAACGCUUUUUGUACUUGGCGGGAUGGUUGCGAUGGAUACCCUACGAGAAAACACCGCGAAGAUGUUGAACACACGAUUAAGUAUGCCGCGAGAUAGAAAGGACCUUUUUGAAGGACUUGUCCAGAAAAGGGAAGAGUGGAACCUCUCCUUCGAUCAGCUUGCAGGAAACGCAACCGUCCUGAUUUUGGCUGGCUCUGAGACGACGGCAACUACUCUAUCCGGAGUCACGUUCCUGCUUCUCAAGCACCCUGAUGUUCUGCGCAGGCUCGAGAAAGAGAUACGAUCGUCUUUUGAAAAAUCAGAUGAUAUCAACAUCAAUUCAGUGAGCAAAUUAGCGUACAUGCUGGCCGUGCUGAACGAGGCGCUUCGCAUGUAUCCGCCUGUAUUGUCGGGUUCUGUGCGGCGGGUUCCUACACAUGGCGGCCGAAUUGCGUCGAGGUCCGUGGCGGCCGGGACUCUGGUCGAGGUGCAACAAUGGGCAGCGAAUCACACCAAGGGAAAUUGGUCAGAUCCAUUUGCCUUCAAGCCUGAGCGAUUCAUAAAUAGGGACAAAGAAUCUCGCGAUAAUUUAGAUGCGCUCCAAGCCUUCAGCGUCGGGCCCCGUAACUGUAUAGGUCAGAAUUUGGCGUACGCAGAAAUGCGAUUGAUUCUGGCCCGGGUUAUCUUCGACUUUGAUAUUACAUAUGCAGGCGAUAUUGCAAAUGAAGAUUGGAUUGGACGUCAGAAGGCGUUUGGUGUCUGGGGAAGAAUUCCUCUUAAUGUACAUUUGACGCCUGUGGCUCACUGA